AUGUCUAUCGACGAGAGACGGCCCCUGCUUGAGUCGAGCGACGAAGGACAGGACGGCCACGACCUCGAUCCGAAUUCGGAUCCCGACAACCCAAGGUUAUGGCCGGCUACUUACAAAUGGGCCGUCAUCGCUCUCCUCGCCUCCAUGGGCUUUGUUGUCACAUUCACCUGCACCUCGGUCGUUCCGUUGGCAAACCAUAUCAUCCGAGACCUCGACAAGGACAAUUCGAGCAAGUCGGCAAGCGUUCUGCUGGUUACGAUAUGGGAGCUAGGCGAGGCCGCCGGUCCACUCUUCCUCGCGCCCCUGUCCGAGGUCUUCGGCCGCUACCCCGUUGUUAACACGGCCAACGUCCUCUUCAUCUCUGCUACAAUACUAGCGGCACUGUGCCAGAGCGCCUCUGUCUUCAUUAGCGCGCGGGCGCUGACCGGCCUGGCCGUUGCGGCCAACGUGCUCAAUCCCGCCAUCGUGGGUGAUUUAAUGGUGCCCGAUCAGCGUGGAUUCGCCAUGAGCGUGGUUAUGAUGGCGCCGCUGCUCGGGGGUGCCGCUGGGCCGAUCAUUGGCAGCGUGGUCGCAGGGAGCCUGGGCUGGCGGCAAGUCAUUUGGACGAGCGUCGCCCUGGCUGGCAUAUGCGAGGUCAUGUUCCUGACCUGCUUUAGGGAGACGUGCCAUAUGGUCAUCUUGCGGCGAAAAGCCAAGAAACUGCAGAGAGAAUUCGCCAAUGCCUCUCCCACUGCAGCACUGCCCACAUGCGAGAACAAUGAAGGGCUCAACAGUAUCUGGGAAUCUGCCCUGAGGCCUGUCGCGAUCCUCUCUGGCUCCGGCGUCCUGAUGAUCCUAUGUUUAUUCAGUGGCGUCGCCUUUGCCUUCGCCUAUGUCUUAUGUGUGACCUUGCCAGACAUCCUCGAAGCCGUUUAUAGGCAGCCCUUGGCCGUGCAGGGACCUGCUUUCCUGAGCUACACUGUCGGAUUAGGCUUCAGUGUCAUCCUCUGCAAUCGCCUGAGUUCCGACUGCCUUUAG